GUGAAUUCCAUGGAUGGCCGCUGAACCGUCGAGAGGGAUUAGUGGUUCUCCAAUUCUCUGGUUUGGAGCUCCGAUUUCGCAAAUUCUCAACCAAUCUGAACCUCAUAAAAACACCUCCAUGAUUUGCCUUUCAGUGGGACCCGGACCCAGCACAGACAUUUUUAGCAAACGUCCAUGGUUCCUUCUCUUCCCACUCCAAAUUUCCCGUAUAUAUCACAUUUGUGUCAUCCAACUCCAAAACCGUGAAUUGGGUCUGUUUAUUCCUCGUUUCUCUCAACUGGGUCGGCCUCAGUCCGCUAAUCCCUUGAAGUUUUACUUGUAAUGGCGUCUAUGGGGUCUCCUGCAAUGGAGAGGUCGGUUCUUCUUUACAGUAGAAGUCAUGGGCCUCCAAGGGCACCAGUCUUUGGGCAUGCGAAAGUGGUGGGUGGGAAUUUUGGACUGAUGAGGGGAUGUAGAGUGACACGGCCGCAGAGGAUCAAGAUUCUUAGAGCAACGGGAAAGGGCUCUGGGGAAGGAGAGGGGGAUGGGGAGCAACCGGAGGAUGCUUUUCAGGCCACUAUUGAGAAGAGCAAGAAGGUUCUAGAAAUGCAAAGAGACUUGCUACAGCAGAUAGCUGAGAGAAGGAAACUAGUUUCUUCUAUACUAAGUACGAAUAGUGACUCAGAAGGCAACGAAGUUCCAUAUAAUGAGAAGGACAACUCUUUUCCGGGUGUAGAUCCUACUCCAAGUGGCGGUAAAGAUACUAAUGAAGUUUUUGAUAGGGGUUUCCUAUCUAGCAAGGGUGCUCCCUUGACAGUAGAUAAUGCAAAGGAAGCUGGAAAGGACUUAACCCGUAAAAAGACAUUCUCCAAAGUAGAUUCCCACACACAGUUGAAAGGUGUAACUUCUGAAUCAGUAUGGUCUGAUGAGCUGCCAUCCUUUCUUUCAAGUUCUUCCGCAACACCAAGUCUAAAAGAGGAAAAACUUGGAGAUUUGAAAGAAUCAAGCUUACAAGAGGUGAAUGGUGAGGCAAAUGUGCCUACAAGUGAAGAUGUGAAACCCCCUCCUUUGGCUGGGGCCAAUGUUAUGAAUGUCAUAGUUGUAUCUGCUGAAUGUGCUCCUUGGUCGAAAACAGGUGGGCUUGGAGAUGUUGCUGGAGCUUUACCGAAGGCGUUGGCUCGGCGUGGACACCGGGUUAUGGUUGUGGCACCUCGGUAUGGUAAUUAUGCUGAACCUCAACAUACUGAUGUUAGGAAAAGGUACAAGGUUGAUGGACAGGAUAUGGAGGUGGUCUACUUCCAAGCCUUUAUUGAUGGUGUUGACUUUGUCUUCAUCGACAGUCCCAUGUUUAGGCAUAUAGAAAAUAACAUCUAUGGAGGCAACCGUAUGGAUAUUUUGAAACGCAUGGUUUUAUUUUGCAAAGCAGCUGUUGAGGUCCCUUGGUAUGUCCCCUGCGGUGGGGUCUGCUAUGGAGAUGGAAACUUGGUUUUCAUUGCCAAUGAUUGGCACACUGCAUUGUUGCCGGUCUAUCUGAAAGCUUAUUACCGUGACCAUGGACUAAUGCAAUAUACUCGGUCUGUCCUUGUGAUUCAUAAUAUGGCUCACCAGGGUCGUGGUCCAGUGGACGAUUUCUCCUACGUGGAUCUCCCACCUCAUUACUUGGACUUUUUCAAAACGUACGAUCCAAUAGGCGGCGAUCACUUCAACAUCUUCGCUGCUGGUCUGAAGGCCGCUGAUCGUGUGGUAACUGUAAGCCAUGGAUAUGCUCGGGAGCUGAAAACCAUUGAAGGCGGGUGGGGCCUACACAGGAUAAUCAACGAGAAUGACUGGAAACUGAGAGGGAUCGUCAACGGGAUUGAUACGCAAGAGUGGAACCCACAACUAGAUGUUCACCUGAAAUCUGACGGGUACACUAACUACUCCCUUGACACCCUUCACACAGGAAAACCACAAUGCAAAGCAGCGUUACAGAAGGAGCUAGGGUUACCGAUUCGUGAGAACGUGCCGUUGAUUGGAUUCAUAGGGAGGCUCGAUCAGCAAAAGGGAGUCGAUAUAAUAGCAGAAGCAGUCCCUUGGAUGAUGGGCCAGGAUGUCCAGCUGGUCAUGUUAGGCACAGGUAGGCAUGACCUAGAACAGAUGCUGAGGCACUUCGAGGGCCAACAUCGGGACAAAGUCAGGGGAUGGGUUGGAUUCUCUGUGAAGACAGCCCAUCGCAUUACUGCGGGUGCCGACAUCUUACUGAUGCCGUCCAGAUUCGAGCCGUGUGGAUUGAACCAGCUGUAUGCGAUGAGCUACGGGACAGUUCCUGUAGUUCAUGCUGUUGGGGGGUUACGGGAUACGGUGCAGCCAUUUGAUCCUUUCAAUGAGUCGGGGCUAGGGUGGACGUUUGAUAGUGCUGAGUCGGGUAAGCUGAUCCAUGCGUUGGGUAACUGUUUGCUGACGUAUUGGGAGUAUAAGAAGAGUUGGGAGGGGCUUCAGAGACGGGGGAUGAUGCAGGACCUUAGUUGGGACCAUGCAGCUCAGAAUUACGAAGAGGUCCUUGUCACUGCCAAAUACCAAUGGUGAGUUUUGGUACACCAAUUUGUAUGGUUUUAGAUUUUAGCUACUGGAGCAAUCGGGAGUAGGUUGCCGAGGUUCUUUUGGGGAAGGGCUGGUUGCUGGGUGAAUAUUGUCAAGCUGUUAUCACCGUAUGGGAGUCUUAUCCUCUGCUGGGGUCCUUUCUACCGUUCACUAUGUCUUUUGCGACACGAUUCUAGCUGCAUUAACCUGAGCCUCCAAUACCUUUUUUAUGAUCUGGGUUUGGUUAGAGGGGAUGUAGCUUGAGCAAAUGGAUAUUGUGCCCUUGUAAUUUGCUAUUCCCCGGAACUGCAUGUCGUAAUGUAAUCUACUCCCAACCUGCUUUACUUGAUUAACUGAGAAAAAGAGCCUAAAGCUCCCACUGGAAACAAUCUUGGCAGAACAAAGGCCAAUUGAAUAAAUGGAUGAUAAUGGUAUAUGGUUUCACGAAUAUAUAAGUUAUUUCCGUGAUUGUCUGGAAA